AUGCAUGGAGGUCAGCCUGCAAAUAAUUAUGGGGUAUGGCCAACUUCUAUUUGGGCUCUUGCUGCUGGGAACCAAUUUUCUAGUCUUUCGUAUGGAAACCAAGCAGAUCAACUUCUAACUGCUUCAAAAGGAUGGCAGAAUGGUGACUGGAUCUGCACUUGUGGCUUCCACAAAUGCUCUCCUCGUGCUCAGAACAUAGAUACAAAUUCAUUGGGUGGUUGGGAGGAUGGAGCGAAUGGGUGGUCGGAGAUCCUUUCUAAGCCCUCAAUGAGUCAAAAGAGUGAUUCACUAGUGCCUGCUGAUUGGUCAAGGGUGCUACUAGAUACAAAUUCAUUGGGUGGUUGGGAGGAUGGAGCGAAUGGGUGGUCGGAGAUCCUUUCUGAGCCCUCAAUGAGUCAAAAGAGUGAUUCACUAGUGCCUGCUGAUUGGUCAAGGGUGCUACUAUCAUGUGGAGCAAAGCGAGUAGAUACGGUUUCCGGAGAUCAAGGGGAAGAAAGACUUUGGAAGAAUAGAGAUUGUUAA